UUUUUUUUUUGUGCUUCAGUGUCUCAAGUAGUUGUAUGCUAUCUCUUCUAUUUUGUUGUGUGUAUGCCCAAUGAGCUAGAUCUAGAUGCUCCAACUCCCAUCUUGCUGGAAACUCUAUGCAAUAUGCAGUUUUGUGGCCAUUGGAGGUUUCUUGUAUGGCUACGACAACGGUACGAUAUCGGCGUGUUUGAUUAUGAGUGACUUUCAAGUGACAUUCUCUUUGGAUGAUACUAUCAAGACAGCCGCGGUUGUCUCGGCUCCGUUAGCGGCCUCUUCUCUAGCUUCCAUUUUAUCCGGUACAGUUGCUGACGCCAUAGGCCGAAAAAGAUUCUUUUUUGUUAGUGCUUUCUUACAUUUGAUUGGAACUAUCAUUCAAUUAUGUAGUGGACAUUUGACUGCGCUUAUUGUUGGUCGAAUCAUAACUGGUAUUUCAAUUGGUGUAUUCAGUUUUCUAGUACCGUUGUAUCAAAGUGAAAUAGCGAAACCCGAACAUCGUGGACGAUUGAUCAACCUUUAUCAAUUCGGAGUGACACUCGGAUUUUGUGUGGCGUUUUGGAUUGGUUAUGGUACCUUUGAUCUUCCUCGGCAUUUAUCCUGGCAAAUUCCACUUGGUGCUCAAAUUGGACCGGCUGUUGUAAUGAUUCUUGGUUUACGAUGGUGUAUCCCAGAAAGCCCUCGAUGGUUGAUUUACCGUGGUCGCAAAGAAGAAGCCGAUGCCAUAUUAUCCAAUCUGCGUAUGAAGGGUCAUCUUAACGAUAAAGAACAACAACUGCAACAAGAAGAAAGAUAUUAUCAUCAACAAAGACGUCAAAAGAAAAUCAAACUACAGAGGAAGAGACUGGAACAACAACAACAACAGCAGCAGCAGAAACCACGAUCAUCAUAUAUAGGAUCUAAUACUGUACCGCCAUCAUCAUCACCUAUACUACCAAGUCAUGAUGACAGCAAUAACAACAAUAACAACGGCGGUGAUGAUAGUAGUACUAUAUUGUCACCAAUCUCAUCGUUAUCAUCCUCAUUGACAAAAACACUCGGCAAUGUAAACAAUGGAACGGAUGUUAUGUACAGGCGUUUGGAGGCACUAGAAAUGGAAUACCUUGGCAUUAUUCAAGACGUCACUUUUGAACGACAAUGUUCCUCAAGAUCCUAUUCAGCACUAUUAACAAAAGGUAUUGACAACUAUCGAAAACGGAUAUUACUAGGUAUGGGACUUCAUAUUAUGACUCAAUUUACUGGAAUCAAUGCUAUUUUAUUUUACUUGCCGCAUAUAUUGGAAUCUAUGGGACUGGCCCAGAUGAACUCUGUUUUAUUUGGUAAUGGUGUCAGUGGUAUGGUGAACAUGUUGGCAACCAUCCCUGUUUUCUUCUAUAUUGACCGAUGGGAUCGACGACGAAUUCUUAUGAUUGGAGCAAGUAGCAUGAGUUUGGUGAUGGCGGUGAUAGCACUCGUUUUGGGAAUUCAUAGUGAUCACACUGAAUCAAAUAAUCAGCCUUUGUAUCCUGGAUCGGUGGUGGACGUCGCAAUGAUUCAAACCAAUGAACAAGCAACAUUAAGUGUUCUUGUAUUGCUUUGUCUCUUCUUAUCGUGUUUUGCUAUGUCAUGGGGUACAAUUCCUUGGCUGUACAAUUCUGAAAUCUUUAAUCAAUCAAUACGUGCCAAGGCUAUGGGUGUGACUACUGGCUCCAUGUUUGCUUUUAGUAUCUUGAUCUCUCAAGUGGCACCAUUAGUGUUUGAAUCUGUUGGUUGGCGAUCUUAUAUUAUCUUUUCUUGUCUAUGUAUUAUUACAGUAUUUAUUGUGCAUGGAUGUUAUCCAGAAACAAAGGGCAAGACAUUUGAAGAAAUUCAAUUGAUUUUCAGUGGAGCAUUGAUUGACCAAAGCCCAAAAGCACAUCAUCCUUCAACAGCAGCGGAAGCAUGGGAAAAAGUGGAAAUCAUAUGUCAUCACCUACCAAUCAUGAUGAAACAAGUUACUACGACAGCAUCAGCAACAACGCAACACCAACAACAACCAGCUGAUGAUGAUGUUGAUGGAACUUCAUUCAAAAUGACGCCAAUCAUACAAAAGACAUACGAUACCAAUGUUCAACAAAAAUUUGAAGCAAUUUUGGAAGAAAAGAAUCGAUUACGAAAGAAUGACCAACAUCUCUUUUGAAUCUCUAUCAAACGCGAAUUAUAGAUAUAUGGUUUAUUUAUUUAAUUGAUUAUUAGAUUAGUAUUAUGGCUUUUUAAUUGUUUAUAUUGAUUGACUUUUAUGAAAAUAAAGGGGAAGUUUUUUUUUUU